AAAGAAAAUAAUCUGGAGAGAAAGGUGAUAUCGGAGGCGAUUCUUCUCUGCUUCGUUUUUGGUAAAUCUUUCUCUAAAAUCGUUGAUUUUCGCUUCAUUAGAUCAGUUAUCUUCUUGUUUCCUCUCCAUCGGGUUGGAUAAUGGGGGUUUUUAUAUCGAUUUCGUUUAAUGAUUGAAAUUAGGGUUUUCAAAAAAUUUGGGGAUUAAUCGAUUUGGGGAGAGGGUUCGUUUGUAUAUAGGGUUUCAGAUCGAUUUUGGUUUGAAUCGGAAGCGGAUCUUCUCUUUUUUUCUUACACGGAUUGAAAUCCCAAAUUGGUUUCAAUGUCAGAUGUAAUUGAUUUGUUUGAUCUUGUUGAAUCGAUAUGUUCAUUUUAAGAGAGUAUUCUUGGGGUUCAGUUAAAUCACUACUCGGUUGUAUAUAUGCGAUUGUUUUUUGCGAAUGUCAUAAGUAAUUGAUUUAACUGUGUUCUUCACUUCUUUCAGGUUAAAGAAAAUGGGACAAGAUUACAGCUACAGCCAGCCCUCUUCAUCAUCAGACUCUCUAGACAUAACCUCCCUUCUUGAAGCCGAAGCUCAGAUGUACGCGGAUGAAACUGACAGUAGCAACCGCAAUGCAAUGCCGGUUCAGUACCCACGUCAACCAGAGGCUGAUGAUGGAAUCCCCACGACAUGCUACUGUGGAGCUCAGCCUGUUCUCGGCUGCUCUUACACUCCUAAAGACCCAUACAGAAGGUACUUUACGUGCGUUCAUGCUGAUGAUGGAGACUGUCACGUGUGGAAAUGGUGGGAAGUGGCAGUCAUGGAGGAGAUGAGGGAGUUUCAGAGGCAACUUAGUGAUCUUAAGAACACUUCUGGAGAGAGUGAACAGAAGCGCCUUAACCUUGAGAAGACGGUAGAUGAGAGUGAGCAGAAGCGCCUUAACCUUGAGAAGAUGGUAGAUGAGCUUAGCGCUAUGAAGAAAGCAAGAAUUAAGCUAAUGGUCUGUCUAUUAGUCUUAAUAGGUUUGGUGUUAGUGAUUCUACGAGGUUAGUUUCUGUCCUCUUAUUUCAUUGCAUUUUCUUAGAGUCUAUGAAGAUAGCAAGAAUUAAGCUACUGUUUUAUCUCAUAUUUUUUCCAGG